GUUCAAAGUUUAUUGUUUACGGAACAGACAGACAAAAUCUAGAUCUAUGCCAUCUAUGCUGUAAAGAAGUAUAGAUUCUACUUAAACAAUAAAAGUUACAUUCUAGAUAGUCUUGCUUUAGAUCUCGUUUCUGCCUUUUUCUAUUACUCAAAGCUAACUAAAAAAAGAAAAUGAGUGAUACACUAAGAUUCGAUGGGAAAGUUGUUUUAAUCACAGGAGCUGGCAAUGGGUUAGGGAAAGCCUAUGCUUUAGCGUUUGCAGAGAGAGGAGCAUCUGUAGUAGUGAAUGAUCUUGGAGGUAGUGCCACUGGUGUUGGUAAAGGUUCCAAAGCAGCUGAUUUAGUUGUGCAGGAAAUUGUAUCCAAGGGAGGAAAAGCAGUAGCCAAUUAUGAUUCUGUUGAAGAUGGUGAAAAAUUAGUAAAAACUGCUUUGGAUACUUUUGGUAAAAUUGAUGUUGUAAUAAACAAUGCUGGAAUUUUAAGAGACAAAUCAUUUGCCAGGAUUAGUGAUGAAGAUUGGGAUAUUAUUCAAAGAGUCCAUUUGCGUGGUUCAUUUUUAGUGACUCGUGCAGCGUGGCCGCACAUGAAAGAACAAGGUUACGGCAGAAUAAUUUUUGUGAGCUCUUCUGCUGGGAUCUAUGGCAACUUUGGACAGGCCAACUACAGUGCUGCCAAACUAGGUCUUGCUGGCCUCUCCAACACUGUGGCCCUGGAAGGAAAAAAAUAUGGGAUUCAGUGCAACUGCAUUGCACCAAUAGCUGGCUCUAGGCUCACAGAAACUGUCAUGCCAAAAGAAAUUGUCCAGGCCUUGAAACCUGAGUACGUAGCACCUGUUGUGGUCUACUUGUGUCAUGAUACCUGCCAAGAGACUGGGGGACUUUUUGAAGUUGGAGCUGGUUGGGUUGGUAAAUUACGCUGGGAAAGAACAGAAGGUGCAGUGCUAAGACAGAAAAAUAAAACCAUCACAGCUGAAGCAGUACGAGACAAUUGGGCAAAGAUUACAGACUUCAGCCAAUCAACACAUCCUCGUAGCAACCAGGAGUCAUCGGGUUUUAUGAUCCAGUUAGUCAACGGCAUGGACCAAGAAGAAAAGGAGGCCCAAGAAGCAGCCAAUAGCAAUGACCCUGUGGCUUUGGCCAAAACAUUGAAACUACAAAAUAUCAAGUUUACCUACACAGAGAGAGAUGCAGCAUUAUAUGCAUUAGGGGUUGGUGUGUCAACAGCACAAGACGACUUUCUCAAGUUUUUGUUUGAACUCUCUGGAGAUUUUACCGUCCUCCCCACAUUUGCUGUCAUUCCAGGGUUCGAUGCCAUCAUGUCCGUAGACAAAGUCCCGGGAUUUCAAAUUGAUCCAACCAAGAUUUUACAUGGUGAACAGUAUCUGGAGCUGUUUAAACCCAUUUCUCGUUCCGGCACACUUGUCUCAAAGGCUUGGAUCGCAGACGUACUGGACAAAAAAUCUGGAGCUGUAAUUUUAUAUAAUGUGGAAACAUUUAAUGAGAACAAUGAAAAGGUUGCCUUCAAUCAGUUCACCACAUUUGUUGUGGGAAUAGGAAAUUUUGGUGGCCGCAGCACAUCCAGCGAAGCCAAGCCGCUUGUUGAUGUUCCAAAACGUGCUCCGGACGCAGUCAAACAGGAAAAGACAAGCAUUGAUCAGGCUGCUUUGUAUCGGCUAAGUGGUGACAGGAACCCAUUACAUAUAGACCCAAGUUUUGCAGCUAUGGGAGGUUUCAAGACGCCAAUACUUCACGGCUUGUGCUCAUUUGGCUAUGCAGUGCGUCAUGUCAUGUCGACAUUUGCCAACAACGAUAUGUCGCUGUUCAAAGCUGUCAAAGUCAGAUUUGCCAAGCCAGUGUUACCAGGGCAGACUCUUGUGACUGAGAUGUGGAAAGAAGGAAACAGAAUUCACUUCCAGACUAAGGUUGCAGAGAAUGGUAAUAUUUGUAUCACUGGAGCUUAUGUGGAUUUGAACGCUGCCACAGAAGAGAAUAAACCAAAACAGGUUAGUGAUUUGCAGAGCACAGCCAUUUUCCAACAAAUGGCAUCUCAAGUAAAAAAUAACACUGACCUAGUAGCCAAGAUCAAUGCAAUCUUUCAGUGGAAUAUUACCAAGAAUGGAGCAGACGCCACAACAUGGGUUGUAGACAUGAAAUCUUCCAAAACUGGCCAGGUUUUUGAGGGCAAACCAGUUAACAAGGCAGACUGUGUCAUAACAAUUUCUGAUGAGAACUUUUUGGCUUUGGUUUCUGGCAAAUUGGAUCCACAGAAGGCCUUCCUUGGUGGAAAACUAAAAUUAUCUGGCAACAUAAUGCUGGCUCAAAAGUUGGGAGAUCUCUUUGCUAAUAAAUCAAAAAUGUGAAAAGACUGACCAGACGACAGUGCUCAAACCAUUGUGUUAAAUGUUGAAUGACUUUUUAGUAUAGAAAUGAUAUGUUGUUUUGUCUGAAUUCAUGAGUUACUGAUUUGUUCAAUGAAUGUUUGUGAGUGGCUUGUGAAGAAUGUCAAAUCUAUAUUAUUCAGAUUAUUGUUUUAUUUACGCUGUUCAUGUUUUGUUUUACAUUAUGAUAUUUAAAGGCAUUAAAUUAUUUUUAAUUGACUUACUUCACAUAUUCUUAGGCCUGUAGUGUGUAUAACAUCUGUUUCUAUGUGUUUCCCUUUGAGAAAGUUCUGGAACACAUUCAUGCUGUUGUAUCGAUUCCUUUAUGAGAUUGGUGUGAACUUCAUUGAAUACUAUCCAGCGUGGCCAUGCUCCAGAGUUAAACUUUUUUUUGUUGGUUUGGUUUACGUCCUGCUGUGUACUCUAGGGGCUUAACAAGCAUAAUAUGAAUUUUUUUUACUUUGUCUGCAAGAUAUGUAGAUCUAUUUCUCUCUUUAUUACGAUGUGGUGUACUGUUCUUUAAUCACAGAGGGAAAUCUUUUGUAGUGUUUACUUUCUGUUUAGAGAUGGGUGUCUAAGUUCAUGAAUGUUCUGUUUUCUAAAAUGAAUGCUAGGAGUUUUUUUAUUUUUGCUGAACAUCUAAAGGCACUAAACAAGUCAUCAUUGCAGCCUUCUACCUGUAUGCCUCCCACCCCCAGCCCCCAGAUAAUGCAAAAGACAUGGACCAAAGUGCACUGAGAAGAUUCAAAUAUAUUUUAAAGAUAUUUUAUUGCUGUGCUUAAGCUUUCCAUUCUUUGUAUAAUUUGAUUUUUGUGCGAAGACAAACUUGAAUUGGAACCAUGUGACUUGUGUUGAAACCAUAUGACUUGUAUUGGAACCAUGUGACUUGUAUUAAAAUCAUUUGACUUGUUAUAUUGUUGAGAUUACUGUGAAUAAAUUGUUGUACUUUUUAAA